CAGCACAGUUACUGCGGAGCAGCCGCGCUCCUCUCCCCACAGUGUGCGGCGCCACCCCCUCUCCGCGUUGAUGGUUUAGCCCCUGUUUCCCCCGUCCCUCCCCCGCUGGCCGGGCGAUGGUUCGCUCCGGGACCGCGCUCUCCGGAAGUAUUGGGGCAGCUCGCAGCACUGCUGGUUCCUGCCAGUUCCGACUGGACCUGAGUCUCUACCGCAGCCGCCAGAAUCCAAUAAUCAACAUGUCUAGCAAAAGGGCAAAGACAAAGACUGCCAAGAAGCGUCCUCAGCGUGCAACCUCCAAUGUGUUUGCAAUGUUUGAUCAGUCACAGAUUCAAGAAUUCAAAGAGGCCUUUAACAUGAUUGAUCAGAACAGAGAUGGGUUCAUUGACAAAGAAGACCUGCAUGAUAUGCUCGCUUCCCUUGGAAAGGAUCCCACUGAUGCGUACCUAGAUGCCAUGAUGAAUGAGGCUCCAGGCCCCAUUAACUUCACUAUGUUCCUUACAAUGUUUGGUGAAAAGUUAAAUGGCACAGAUCCAGAAGAUGUAAUCCGAAAUGCUUUUGCUUGUUUUGAUGAAGAGGCAACAGGGGUCAUUCAAGAAGAUUAUCUGAGAGAGUUGCUGACAACAAUGGGAGACAGGUUUACAGAUGAAGAAGUAGAUGAGCUGUACAGAGAGGCACCAAUUGACAAAAAGGGCAAUUUCAAUUACAUUGAAUUCACACGCAUCCUUAAACACGGAGCAAAAGACAAAGAUGAUUGAACAAAACUGCAGACACUUGCAUAUAACUUCUUGUUUUCAUUCAUGUUUAUUUCUCAGGGUUUUUUUGUUUGCUGGUAGAACCUGUUGCAUGCAGUUUAGCUUCACAGCUUUUGCCUUUCCAUGAAUUUAUGGAUUUCAGACCAUUAUGGCACACUUGCACCUCUGUAAUCAGACUGGAAAUGGGGGAUUUUAUUGUAGUGAAAAGGAUUUGGGGAUAAAGAUCAAUGAAUGUGAAGGCCAAGGGAAAAAGACCUAUUUCUGGAUUUUUACAUUUUUAUAAUAAAUAUCAUUUUGAAAUAAAGAUUGUUAUAUAAAUAAAAUACCUCAUUAAA